AUGAAGCGAAGCCAUCGUUCAUUAUCUACAAUCCGAUCCGCAGAGUUCGUUGAUUCUACGCUUAAAAUUCAUUACUCAAAUCAAUUAAAUAAUGCCAUGAAACACGUCAAGUUUUUUAGUGAACUUAUCUCAUCGACACGAGAUCAUGAAGCGAUGAUGAUGAUGACGAUGCUUUUGGGCCUUUUUAGUAAAACUUAG